UGGUGCGCUGUGCUCUUCUGCCCUGCUGUUGCCAAAGGAAAUGCAUUCUUCAGCCCCCUGUCUCUGGUCAUGACAGAACAGAGCAGUGCUGUGUGUUGCACGUUUACAGCCUCAGAAACACAAGCACGUGAGCUCGCUGAUCACCAGGCGGCCGGAGAGAGAGAACGACGAGCGAGUCCGCGCGCAUGCUCCGCGAGUAAGAUCCGGGCUCGGGGCAGGAUGAAUGCUAAUUUCCAAGAUGGCGGCGGAGGGAGGAGGGAAGGAGAUGAACGAAAUUAAAAGUCAGUUCACCACCCGGGAAGGCGUCUACAAACUCCUCACUCACUCCGAAUAUAGCCGCCCCAACCGGGUACCGUUCAAUUCGCAGGGCUCCAACCCGGUGAAAGUCUCCUUCGUGAACGUCAACGACCAGUCCGGUAACGGGGACAGGGUCUGCUUCAAUGUGGGCCGAGAACUGUACUUCUACAUUUACAAAGGCGUCAGGAAGGCAGCAGAUUUAAGUAAACCCAUAGAUAAAAGGAUAUACAAGGGAACACAGCCCACCUGCCAUGACUUCAACCACCUGACGGCCACGGCAGAGAGUGUUUCCCUGCUGGUGGGAUUCUCUGCUGGACAGGUCCAGCUCAUAGACCCUAUAAAGAAGGAAACCAGCAAGCUGUUUAAUGAGGAAAGGUUAAUAGACAAGUCAAGAGUGACCUGUGUGAAAUGGGUGCCCGGCUCGGAAAGCCUGUUCCUUGUAGCUCACUCCAGUGGCAAUAUGUACUUGUAUAACGUGGAGCACACUUGCGGCACCACUGCCCCACACUACCAGCUGCUGAAACAGGGUGAAAACUACACCGUGCACACCUGCAAGAGCAAAUCCACCAGAAACCCUUUGUUGAAAUGGACAGUGGGAGAGGGGGCCCUCAAUGAGUUUGCAUUUUCCCCCGAUGGGAAGUUCUUGGCGUGUGCGAGUCAGGACGGGUUUCUCCGUGUUUUUAAUUUCGACUCGGUGGAGCUGCACGGUACAAUGAAAAGCUACUUUGGGGGACUGCUGUGUGUGUGUUGGAGCCCGGAUGGCAAAUACAUUGUUACAGGUGGAGAGGACGAUUUGGUUACCGUUUGGUCUUUUUUGGACUGCAGAGUAAUAGCCAGGGGUCACGGACAUAAAUCCUGGGUAAGUGUGGUGGCCUUUGACCCUUACACUACAAGCGUGGAAGAGGGCGACCCCAUGGAGUUCAGUGGGAGUGACGAGGACUUCCAAGACCAGAUUCACUUUGGUCGAGACAGGGCAAACAGCACACAGUCUAGGCUAUCCAAAAGGAAUUCUACGGACAGCCGUCCGGUAAGUGUCACGUAUAGGUUUGGCUCUGUCGGACAGGACACGCAACUGUGCUUAUGGGACCUCACGGAAGACAUCCUCUUUCCCCAUCUUCCCCUUUCCCGAACGAGGACGCACACAAACGUUAUGAAUGCCACGAGUCCGCCUGCAGGCAGUGGCAGUACCAACCCAGGAAGCAAUGGAAACAACAGCAUUAGUAGCAGCGGCAGCACCCCAGGCAACUCGCUACCUCCCCUGCUUCCUCGUUCCAACAGCCUUCCGCACUCGGCAGGAGCCAACGCCAACAGCAAGAGCAGUGUCGUGGACAGUACCAUCGCUUCGGGGGUCAGCAAGUUUGCAACGCUGUCGUUGCACGACCGCAAGGAACGGCACCACGAGAAAGACCACAAGAGGAAUCACAGCAUGGGACACAUCACCAGCAAAAGCAGCGACAAACUGAACCUGGUCACUAAAACUAAAACAGACCCUGCAAAGACACUGGGAACGCCCCUCUGUCCCCGAAUGGAAGAUGUUCCCUUGUUAGAGCCUCUCAUCUGUAAAAAGAUAGCACAUGAAAGACUUGCUGUCUUGAUAUUUCUUGAGGACUGUAUAGUAACUGCCUGUCAGGAGGGAUUUAUUUGCACAUGGGCGAGGCCUGGAAAAGUGGGUUUACUUUCAUCCCAAAACCAAGCUAACUCUCCUAGCGGGACUGUUGUAUAGCCGUCUCAAUUCUGCUGCUAAGAGCCCUUCAUCACUGACGAGCAGUAAAGACGCCAGAGCCAGGAGCUGUUCUUCAUCCACACACAAUUAGAAGUGCUUUUGAUUUUUCUUUUUGAAGUGGCCUAGUGUGAGAGGUAGCAAAUCUGCAAGCACGGACAGGAUGAGGUGCAAUGGAAAAAACAAAAAAAAGUCAUCCUGGAAAACACUGAAACUGCAAACCCAAGAAGGAUUCUUUCUUUCUUUCAUUCUUUUUCUUUCUUUCUUUCUUUCAUUCUUUUUCUUUCUUUUUGUAAAAUGUUUAAUUUCCCUUUUGCAGUUGCAGUACAGAACUUGAUAAAAUCAAAGAAAAAAAAAAAGACUUCCACUUUAAGUUUUCCUUGGUUUAAUGUUUCUCCAUUUCUCCAAACUUUGGUGUAAUUUAAUCAUAUGUAAUAUUGUGUAUAAAAGAAAAAAAAAAUCUAUCCUUAAAAAAACAAAUCCCAGUAACUUAAUGAUCUAUUUGAAUUAGUAUCUCACCAUUGUGUACUUUGCACUGAUUUGUUCUUAUUUUAUUAUUGGAACUUUAUAUAUAUAUAUAUAUAUAUAUAUAUAUAUAUAUAUAUAUAUAUAUAUAUAUAUAAAUAAAUUAAAAUGUGUAUGUAUGUUAGAAGACAGCCUGGAUGCACUGGUCAGGGAUUGAAAGUCGUUACUUUCUAGCUUAACAAUUGUGACUCAAAGUUGGAUGCUGCAAUCAUAGUUUUUUAAAAAGAAAAUUUGUUUGCACUUAAUAGUUUAAUGUUAGAAAAGAACAGCUUUAAAAAUGUGGGUUGUGCAAGCACUCCCGAAAAGCUAUGACCCGGAGAAAAGAUAAAGAAUUCCUUUGUAUCUAUUGAGCAUUUAUUUUAAUAUUGUUUCAAAUUACAAUCGACUCUGUAUUAUAUGUAUAAAUAUUGUAAUUCAGUGAUUGAUGGGGCAAACAAAUGAUCAUUACACUAGCUGAAGUGCAUCUUCAUUAUAAAGAAAAAAUAGUGAGAUUUCUAAUGCAGAAGCAAUUCUACAUAUUAUUAAUAAUAUUAAAACAAUCUUCAAUAUG